AUGAAGGCAUAUCUACCAAUAUUCCUUAUCUUCAUAACUGGUUUUGGCGGCUCAUUCUUCCUAGCAAGUCCACAAGCUGACUCGUGUACUGCAAAUCUCAACCUCAAAGUUGCUAUCCCUUUUGAUACAACCAAUCUUCACUGCCUUUCUGUAUGGGAUGCUCAAGGUUUCAUCCUCAGAUAUGUUGAGACUAGUACAAACAUUUGGAGCUUCAUUCUUUCAACCCCAGAAACAAAUUCCUACAUAGCUAUGGGUUUCUCGGCCAGCGGUGGAAUGGUGGGUUCAAGUGCCAUGGUGGGGUGGGUGGCUUCCGGAGGAGGCAGUACUGGAGGGAUAAAGCAAUAUUUUGUAGGUGGGACCACGGCAAACGAGGUGGUGGCUGAUAAGGGCAACAUACAAAUCAUCAACAACUCAACCUUAAUCACAUCACAGUCAUCUCGCAUCUACAUGGCCUUUCAGUUACAAACCAACCAACCUCCCUCCCGCCUCAUUUACGCUAUCGGUCCCAACGCCUUCUUCCCAUCCCCACCAAGUUUUGCCUUAGCGCAGCACCGAGACAGAGUCUCCACUACUUUCAAUUAUGAUACAGGUUCAUUUGAAUCAGAAAACCCAUCUGUGAACCUGAAAAGAAGCCACGGAAUGUUGAAUAUCUUGGGAUGGGGCAUCCUGGUCAUAAUUGGAGCAAUAGUGGCUCGCCACUUCAAGGAAUGGGAUCCAUUUUGGUUUAAUUUCCACGCUUCCGUUCAAUCAUUAGGUUUUGUUUUGGGAGUGAUGGGUGUAAUCACCGGGCUUGUUCUGGAUUAUCAACUCAAUCUUGACGUUAGUAUUCACGAGGCUCUUGGAAUCACCAUUCUCGUUCUAGGUUGCCUUCAGAUUAUGGCUUUUCUUGCUCGACCACACAAGGAAUCAAAAGUCAGAAAGUCUUGGAAUUUGUACCAUCAUACGACUGGGAGAAUUUUGAUAGUCCUUGCUAUAUCCAAUAUUUUCUACGGACUCCAUUUAGGUAAGGAAGCAAGUGAGUGGAGGAUUGGGUACGGAAUUGUCCUUGUCAUAUUAUUCUUUAUCGCUGUAAUUUUAGAGACAAGAUUGUGGAGCAAAAGCUAA